AUGAGUGAUCGAGAAAAUCCAUUAGAUUUGGAUAUUCGAAUAGAGAUUCCGGAAGAGGAAAAGAAAAAGAAUACACCUCACCAUGGCAAAGAGAUUACGAAAAUUGUGUGUUCCCCGAGAUCUAAUUAUGUCGCAACCUGGAGUGAUUACGACAAAUCAGCCUGCAUAUAUCAUAUUACCAAUGGACAUGAGUAUCCACAAUAUGAGACAUUAUUCAAUAUCGGUAUACUUGGAGAAGACUUUUCGGAAGCCGAACUAACCGAUCUAUCGGAUUCCAAAGACAUUGUUUUGAGGACCAGACGUGAUGCGGCACUCGUUAAACUAACAAGCAUGAAAUGGUUUUUACUAAGAAGCUCGGAUGAAAGAUCGGAAAUAAUCAACAGUACAUUUUUCACCGAUGGAGAUUGCGUGAUUGUUGAAACCAACUAUUCUGAAACUACCGGUUAUCUGUUCACCGCAUCUGAUGGAACAUGCAAGAAAGAGUUUGUAAUUUCGGAAAAUAAUGAUGGUGACAACAUUAAGCUCAGUACCGAGGGAAAAAUUUUUCUAUGUAAUCGUGCCAUACAUGUUCUCAUGCAAUGGGACAUAAAAACCUUAAAACUAGAGAAACAAUGGAUUUUAAGAUGGAAUUUUUCACCACAUAACUUGGACUUUGUCAUAAACGAAAGCCACACGCUCUUGGCGAUUUGGAAAUACGAGUUCAUUUACGUUUAUUCGAUGGAAACGUAUUCCAUCGUGGCCUCUUGUUCUAUUGAUGGAGAUGUAAAAGAGUGUUAUUUUCUUGCACCGGACAUUGGGGAACGUUUGCUCGUCGUAUGCCACCGGAAAUCCAGGAUGCAUUUUUAUUUAUUGGAUCCAUAUACGCUCGUCAAUCCGAUAGACGCAAAAAAAUUAAUAAUGCCUGAAUACGACAAAGAUCUUAUCGGCGAAUUAAGUUGGCCUCACACGAUUAAGAAUAGUAGACUUUUUUAUAUUUUUGAUGAAGGGAGAUUGCGUAUUCGUAGGUUGGUUAGAGGAAAUUGGAUCGAGUAUUUGUGGAGCGAACUCGGAGACUUUAACCAGAUCAGUGUGCAUCCACUCGAAAGGAAAAACGAAAACCUAAUGUGGAAUUCGUUAAACAAGGUUUACAACUCAUUGUUUAAUGACGACACUCUACCGUUUAUCAACGAAGAAAUGAAAUAUGAUGGUGAGAAUUUAUGUAAAUGGAAUGUCAAAUUUACGACCGACAAGGUUCUGCUUAGCGCAAAAAAGCGUGAUCAUGUCCACCAAGAUUGGAUUCAAGUCGAAGAAAGUCGUAAUGCCUAUUUAGUCAAAGAUGAGCAUAGCCACAGAUGUAAAGCAAGCGAAUAUGUUAUCGCAAUCAAGCUUACCGAAGAUGAUGACUUAUUCAUGGUCACGCGUAGUGGUAUAUUUAUAUGGACCAUUAAUUCCGAAAAAGAAAUACAAUUACAAUAUUUCUGGAGACCUGCGAACAAUAAUGGCGAGGAGAAGAAUAUUUUUUUUCACGAGCUCACACCAGAUCCGUACAUAAUAAUUACCAAAAAACUUGACUACAAAAUUCCAGGUGAUUCGGAAUUGAUGAAAGACUUUGAGGAUCCUUUUAAAGUAGGCCUCUAUGGAGAAUAUAUAAUGGGAGAGUUGUUGAGUUCAAACAAGACCGAAUUAAUUGAGAAAUUACUGGAUGCACUCAUUCAACUUACCAUAGAGAAUGACGAGAUUUCAAAUAUUCAAUUGUUGAACAUAGUUUCCCAUUAUUUUGUUGAGCUAUCCCAAAAUUAUCCCGACAUCGCCGAUAAAUUUUUGUCUCAGAUAGCAUUUUUUAUACCUGGUGAUGACCCUCCUUUCGAAAUAGUCGAGCACAAUUCCUCUUAUAAACACCGACAAUAUUUUGGUGAAUAUGUGAACAUCUACUCGGUCAGUUCUUUUAAUAAGUUCAUCACCUUUCUGAGCACAAAUGUCAUCGUCAAAGUUAUUACUAAAUUCACGAGAAAGCUCUUGUCAAUUUUCACUGGCCUCAUUAAUAUAUUUGUACAAAAAGAAGAAAAGAAAUCAACAAUUAGACUAAUUUUUCCCUUAUCUGGUCUCGCCACUUACCCCAAUGAGUAUUCCGUCUUGAGGGAAUUGUUGAUUCCACAAACAAAUAGCUUUACUGAAUAUGAUAAACUUGAUCUUUACAAGUGGUGGAAUGGUGAGGCACUGUUGGAUUUCAAGUGGAACACAUUCGGGCGAAAGUACUAUUUGUUGAUUUGGUUCAUUUACACAAUUUUUCUCGUUUGUUUUGCCACGGCGGUGACCUUAUCGAGUCAAUUUUCUUUUACUACCUUGCGAAAUCUCUUGAUUGCAACAAUCGCUCUCGGGUCAUGGCAUCUUUUUUUCGAAAUUCGUCAGCUCUUUUUCGACAAGGAAAAAUACAUUUCGAGUCCGUGGAACUACUUCGUGAGAAAGUUGAAAGAUAUUAUCAUCUCGGUUCAAAACAACAAGUAUCCCGAUUCCAACUCUCCGUAUAUCUCACCAAAGCUACUAACAUUGAUUCAAAUGAAGGAUAAACGAGCGGAAAGGGAGAAGGAGAUUAAGGAACACGAGAAAAAAUUUAGAGAAAACGAAGAGAAAAGGAAUCGCGAAAUCAGAGAAAUCAAAGAAUUGAUCAUGAGAUUGAGUCAAUCAAUUCAGAAUGAAGAGGAAACCACGCAGGAACAUUAG